AAACGGGUGGGAGAACUCCGUAACCAAACAAGCUUCCAACGGCCAACCAUAUGAAUAGUUACAAAAAAAUCUGAGCCAAACUUCAGUCUCGUCUCAUGAAAGAUGCAAAGUUUCGAAGUCUAGGCCAACGAAGCCAAGAACUACUUCAUAUCAUCUCGAAAGCUUUAUCUUCAGCAACGAACUCUAGAGAGCUCCACAAACUUCAUUCACUGAUAAUCACAUUAGGACUCGACCAGUCGGCCUUCUUUUCUGGCAAACUCAUUAGCAAGUACGCCAAAUUCAGAGAUCCACUUGCUUCUUUAUCAGUUUUUCGCGGAAUUUCACCAACUAACAAUGUUUUUCAAUGGAAUUCAAUCAUACGAGCACUUACCCAUAAUGGGAUGUUCUCUGAGGCUUUGGAUUUUUAUUCACAAAUGCGGAAGUUGAAGCUUCGACCUGAUACAUACACCUUCCCUUCGGUUAUCAAUGCAUGCGCGGGCUUUUUGGAUGUUGAUUUGGGUAGGCUUGUUCAUGAUCGUGUUAUGGAAAUGGGUUUUGGCUCGGAUUUGUAUAUUGCCAAUGCUUUGAUUGAUAUGUACUCGAGAUUCAAUGAUUUGGAUAGAGCGCGUAGUGUGUUUGAUGAAAUGACUCACAGAGAUGUUGUUUCUUGGAAUAGUCUGAUUUCGGGGUAUAGUUCAAAUGGGUAUUGGGAGGAAGCUUUGGAAACUUAUCAUUGUUCAAAAGUUGCUGGCGUUGUUCCAGAUUCUUUCACUUUGUCCAGUGUUUUACCUGCAUGUGGUGGUCUGUUUGCCGUUGAAGAGGGCCAGAUUGUUCAUGGGUUGGUUGAAAAGAUUGGUGUUAAGAGUGAUAUCAUCAUCAGUAACCUGCUUCUUUCUAUGUACUUCAAAUUAGAUAGAUUAGCAGAUUGUUGGAUGAUAUUUGAUGAGAUGGCAGUUAGAGACACAGUCACUUGGAAUACUAUAAUUUGUGGGUAUUCUCAAGCGGGCUUGUAUCAAGAGUCAAUCAAGUUGUUUCUAGAUAUGCUUCAUAAAUUUGAACCAGACCUAUUAACAAUUACAUCUGUUCUCUAUGCUUGUGGUCACAUUGGAGAUUUAGAAUUGGGAAAUUAUGUCCAUGAGUACAUGAUGAGAAGUGGGCAUGAAUGUGAUACUACAGCAAUUAAUAUUCUUAUUAGUAUGUAUGCGAAGUGUGGUGAUUUAUUGUCUUUGUGGGAAGUUUUUGACAGAAUGAAAUGCAGGGAUUUGGUGUCAUGGAACUCUUUGAUUAAUGGUUAUAUUCAAAAUGGACAUUAUGAGGAAGCAAAGAAGAUUUUUAAGAUGAUGAAAAUGGAUUUCAAACCCGAUUUUGUCACCUAUGUGAUGCUUCUAUCUAUGUCUACCAAGUUAAUAAACACUGAUCAUGCGAAGGAACUCCAUUGUGAGAUAACAAAAAUGGGACUUGAUUCAAGCUUAGUUUUGGGAAAUGCUCUUGUGGAUAUGUAUGCUAAAUGUAGCGGAAUGGAGGAUGCACUAAAAAUAUUUGAGGGCAUGAAAACUCGUGAUAUUGUAACAUGGAAUACUAUUAUUGCUGCAUGUCUUCAUUCUGAGAACAGUAGUUUAGGAUUCAGGAUGAUCAGUAGAAUGAGAACAGAGGGGAUGGUGCCGGAUGUGGCAACCAUGUUAGUUACCUUGCCCAUGUGUUCCUUACUUGCUGCCAAACGUCAAGGAAAGGAGAUCCAUGGCUACAGUUUCAAGUUACGGUUUGAGUCACAUGUUCCAAUUGGGAAUGCACUGAUUGAUAUGUACUCCAAAUGUGGUAGUUUGAAGAACUCACUCCUAGUAUUUGAGCAAAUGAAAACAAAAGAUGUAGUGACAUGGACAGCAUCAAUCUUUGCACAUGGGAUGUAUGGUGAAGGAAAGAGAGCUCUGAGAGCUUUCAAGGAGAUGGAAGCAACAGGUGUUAUUCCUGAUCAUAUUGCUUUUCUUGCAAUCAUAUUUGCUUGUAGUCAUUCAGGUCUUGUUGCAGAAGGCCGGGCUUGCUUUGACCGGAUGAAGAAAGACUACAACAUUGAGCCAAAGAUUGAACAUUAUGCUUGUAUGGUUGAUCUUCUAUCACGAUCUAGGCUAUUCGCUGAAGCAGAGGAGUUUGUUCUUUCCAUGCCAUUGAAGCCAGAUGCAAGUAUAUGGGGAGCUCUACUUAGUGCUUGUCGAGCAAGUGGAGACAUAAAGAUUGCAGAGCGUGUGUCUGAACGUAUCAUUGAAUUAAAUUCGGAUGAUACUGGGUAUUAUGUUUUAGUAUCAAAUGUAUAUGCAGAAUUAGGGAAGUGGGAUCAAGUGAGAAUGAUAAGAAAAUCUUUGAAAGCUAGAGGACUGAGAAAAGACCCUGGAUGUAGCUGGAUGGAGAUUCGAAACAGGGUUUAUGUGUUUGGCACUGGGGAUAGUUCCUUCGAACAACAUGAAGAGGUCAAUAAGUUCUUAGAGAUACUUGCUGGUUUAAUGGCUAAGGAAGGUUAUGUUGCUGAUUUACAAUAUGUUCUUCAUGAUGUUGAGGAGGAUGAGAAGAGAGACAUGCUCUGUGGCCACAGCGAAAGGAUUGCUAUAGCAUUUGGAUUGUUAAACACGAAACCAGGCACACCUUUGCAGGUGAUGAAGAAUCUUCGGGUCUGUGGGGAUUGUCACACUGUGACUAAGUUCAUAUCGAAGAUUACGCAACGAGAAUUAUUAGUUAGAGACGCCAAUCGCUUUCAUUUGUUCAAGGACGGAAUCUGUAGUUGUGGGGACUACUGGUGAUGAUUUCUUUACACAGCCACAUUUGAUUGACUGAAGAAGGUCGUCUGCAAUGAAAAAAUCUAUUAUCCAUGCGCCGUAUGGAACUUCAAAGUGGUGGCUGAAGGUCAGACUGGCUUGACAUUUGGCUCAUCCUCUGUUUGGUGGAAGUUAGUUGGAAUGUUUCUUAUAUAACUGAAUUUGCAGUUUUUUAGUUGCAGGAAUAGUCAUAAGCAUCGGCACCAAGUUAAUUAUAAAACCUUAGGUCAACCAUGUUAUGUCAAUCAUCUGACAAGGUGGCUGUUUCAAUUGGAUGCUGUAUAUUUCCCGAAGGAACUUUGAAGUUUCGUGCAGGCUGUGUGAACUGGUUCAUUUUGGUGCUGGUGCUGCUGGUGCUGCUGCAAGGCGUGUCUCACGCAUAAUUUGGUACUUGGUAACUAGCUUGUCUCGAGGUGGCCAGUUUUCUUUGAUAACUGGAACUUCUGAGAAGUUUUUCAUCCAGGCAAAUAUCAAUGGGAACUUUUCUGAAUCAA